AUGUCCACCCCGCCCCAGCAGCGCUGACUCAGUUUCACCAGAAACUAGGGGGAGGAGAUGGCCGAACUCCAGAGCACCCCGCAGCUGGGCGGAAGCGGCGGCCGGAGCCGCGCCGGAAGCCGGGACCGGAACCUCUGCAGCCCCAGCCCCACCCCACUCACCUGCGCAGGUCGCCGGCACCCUUGGAGCCCAGAGGCCAGCACUGUGAAGGUGACCCCCGCGGGCAGGAGGGCGACGGCCCCUGGGAGGACGAUGGCUGGCAGCCCCCUCUCCCAGACUCGCAUCCCAGCGGUCGCCCUGUGGCUCCUGUAUGCGCUCGGCCUCCGGGGCACCUACGCCGGGCUGCCGCCCACGCCCCCCGCGCUGCCGGCUGGAGCCGCCUGCCUGGACCGCUUCACCUCGGGGGUGCCCGCUUUCGUGCUGGACACCGACGCCUCGGUCAGCAACGGGGCCACCUUCCUGGGCUCCCCCGCCGUGCGCCGCGGCCGGGACUGCGUGCGCGCCUGCUGCACCACCCAGAACUGCAACCUGGCGCUGGUGGAGCUGCAGCCCGACGGCGGGGAGGAUGCCGUCGCCGCCUGUUUUCUCAUCAACUGCCUCUAUGAGCAGAACUUUGUGUGCAAGUUCGCGCCCAGGGAGGGCUUCGUCAACUACCUCACAAGGGAGGUUUACCGCUCCUACCGCGAGCUGCGGACCCAGGGCUUUGGAGGGUCCCGGAUUCCCAAGAUCUGGGCAGGCAUAGACUUGAAGAUACAGCCUCAGGAACCCCUGGUACUGACGGGUGUGGAGAACACAAAUUGGCACCUACUGCGGGAUGACCCGGAUGUCAGGGUAGAGAGGAAUGGUCCGGACCAGGUGGAGCUAUGGGGACUCAAGGAAGGAACCUACCCGUUCCAGCUGACAUUGGACAGCUCAGACCAGCCAGAGAGCAUGGCCAACAUCACAGUCACCGUUCUCUCCUCCAAGCAGACAGAAGAAUAUUGCCUUGUGACCAAAAAGGUGGGUCGCUGCCGUGGUUCCUUCCCCCGCUGGUACUACGACCCCAAAGAACAGAUCUGCAAGAGCUUCGUUUAUGGAGGUUGCUUGGGCAACAAGAACAAUUACCUUCGGGAGGAAGAGUGCAAGCUAGCCUGCCGCGAUGUACAAGGUCCCUCCAAGGAAAGGCAUGAUCCAGUGUGCUCUGGCACCUGUCACUCCACCGAGUUCCAGUGCAGUGACGGCUGCUGCAUCGACAGCUUUUUGGAGUGUGACGGCACCCCUGACUGCCCCGAUGCCUCCGAUGAGGCCAUCUGUGACAAAUACACCAGAGGCUUCGAGGAGCUCCAGAACUUCCACUUCCCCAGUGACAAAGGGCACUGCGUGGACCUGCCAGACACGGGCCUCUGCAAGGAGAACAUCCCACGCUGGUACUAUAACCCCUUCAGCGAACACUGCGCCCGCUUUACCUAUGGUGGUUGUUAUGGCAACAAGAACAACUUUGAGGAGGAGCAGCAGUGUCUUGAGUCCUGUCGUGGCAUCUCCAAGAAGGAUGUGUUUGGUCUGCGGCGGGAAAGCCCCAUUUCCAACGUAGGCUCCGCAGAGGUGACCAUUGCAGUGUUCCUGGUCGCCUGUAUCGUGGUGGUGGUAAGCAUCCUGGGGUACUGCUUCUUCAAGAACCAGAGAAAGGGCUUCCACAGAUACCACCACAGCCACGAGCACCCUCCACCUCCUACCCCCGCCAGCUCCACCGUCUCCACCACCGACGACACAGAGCACCUGGUCUAUAACCACACCACCCAACCCCUCUGAGCCUGGGGCUGCCUUGGCCUUUUGGCCUGGGCCUCUCACAGGCUCUCUCCAGCUCUCCUCCAACUUUCGCCAGGUCCUGCUUCCUCCUUGCCAAGAAGGAGGCCUGGGCGGGGAAAGACUUUGGGACCAGACCCUUCCUGCCUGGUUCUCAGGCCCCUCUGCCCCAGAGGCCAGGGCUCCAGCCCCCGUCAGAGAUGUCUUAGCUCAGCUCAGGCCACUUGUUCCUGAGAAACCUCCAGUGUCUGGGGGAAAGAAAGCUUUUGGGCCAGGAGUCCCACACAGAGACGAGCCUGCUUGCCUUGGAUUUCAGAGGAAGCCGGAGGUUUGUGUCCUAUUCAAAGCUGCCUGCCCCAUACCAUGGUGUUGGGAAGGGGCCUGGGCAGUGUCCGAAGCUGGAGGCCCCAGCCCUGUCCUCCAGAGCUCCCCUCCCACUCUGCACAGUCCAGAGCGGGGAUACGGACCUCUCUAUGUAUGUUGUGCUGUACAGAGUUGCUUUUUGUUUAUUUAAUGCCAUGGAUGUGGAUGAGAGGAGUGGAAAGUGGCUAUCUGGCCUCUGCUGUCUUUUCCCCCAAGAGUGAGCCCCAACUUGGCCUGACCUCACACAUGGAGCCAGAGCUUCCAUCCUCUCUGCACCCCCCAGGGCCCUCCAGCACCACCCUCUCCCCUCUGCUCCCCCACUUCCCACAGGCCCCAGUCCACCCACAGUGUAAUAAAAUGGUUUGUUCUGAGGGUUCUGCCUCUGCUCUGUGGGCCAGGAGAGGGAAAGGGCUGCUGGGGGGAGAGGUGACCGCCCAGUCCAACCGGUUCAGGCUCUGGCCACCCUGUUUAGCAGGUUUUCCCACCCUUCCCGAAACUGCCCCAGCCCCUGAGGGUGGAGAGAAGUGCCAAGUUUGACCACCAGAAGGGAGGGGUGGGAAAGCAUGGGAGUAGGGGGCCCAGGGAAGCUGCAAUGCGGCUGUGUAGUAUUUCUUCCUGGUUUGAUCCUGGCAACAAGCCUGUUUCAUAGUUGGGGCAAGUCUUCACUGCAGCAUGUAGUUGAAGACAGGGAGGGGGGCACACAGAUUUGAGCCCUGGUUCUUAUCUUCACUCCCUUUGGUGUGGGGACUAGGCACAGGGGUCCCUUCUGGCCCACCCAGAUCACCACUGUCUCCCUCCCCUCCCACAGAAGCCCCGGUUUCACAGGAGUGUAGCGAAUCCCCAGACUCUGAACUCCUACAGGAGCCUUUAGUUGAGGUACUCCA